AGAGAGAGAGAGAAAGAAAGAGAAAAGAGGGGGAGACCACCCAGAGAAGGACUGGCUCUCGCAUGGGUGCAUGUACCUGUUUGGAUUGAUGACUCUACCUCCUUACACAGAUGUGACUUCAGGUGACAGGUGACACAUCUUUCCUUCCUGUCUCCCAGUCCCAUGGAGGCCACCCAGGUCCUGCAGCGGAAGAGGCUGUUCCAGGCAGGAGCCAACGCCUACAGGAUCCCUGCACUGCUCUACCUGCCAGGGCAAAGCACCCUGCUGGCCUUCGUGGAAAAACGGAGAAGCAAGAAGGAUGAGCACGCGGAGCAGAUAGUCCUGCGCAGGGGAGCCUACGACGCAGCCGCCCGCAGGGUUGAGUGGCAAGCUCAGGAGGUGCUGGCCGGAGCCCAGCUGCAGGGCCACCGCUCCAUGAACCCGUGUCCCCUGUAUGACAAACAGACGGGGACUCUCUUCCUCUUCUUCAUUGCCAUCCCGGGGCAGGUCUCUGAGCACCACCAGCUCCAGACUGGGGUCAACAUGACACGGCUGUGCCAGGUCACCAGCAUGGACCAUGGCAGGACCUGGAGCCCUGCCAGGGACAUCACAGAUGCAGCCAUUGGCCAGACCCACAAGGAAUGGGCCACAUUCGCUGUGGGCCCAGGGCACUGCUUGCAGCUGCACAACAGGACCCAGAGCCUGGUGGUGCCUGCCUAUGCCUACCGCAACCGGCCCACGCCCCUGGCACCCUCGCCUUCUGCUUUCUGCUUCCUUAGCCACGAUCAUGGACGCACGUGGGCACGGGGCAACUUUGUAGACGAUGACACCCUGGAGUGCCAGGUGGCCGAGGUUGGAGCCAUGGGGCAUCAGGUGCUAUACCUCAAUGCCAGGAGCCCACACAAGGCCAGGGUCCAGGCCCAGAGUGCCAACGAUGGGCUGGAUUUCACGGUGAGCCUGACAGUGAAGAAGCUGGUGGAGCCUCCCCACGGCUGCCAUGGGAGCGUGGUCAGCUUCCUGGGCUCCAGGCAGGGCCCAGGCACCGCAAGCCAGUGGCUGGUAUAUACUCACCCCACAGAUCCAGGCCACAGGUCUAACCUGGGGGUCUACCUCAACCAGCGGCCCCUGGACCCCGAGGGCUGGACUGAGCCGGCCCUGCUGGCCUUGGGCAGCUGUGCCUACUCAGACCUGCAGAGCAUGGGGUCUGGCCCUGAUGGCUCCCCCCAGUUUGGCUGUCUGUAUGAGGCGGACAACUACCAGGAGGUGGUCUUCAUCAUGUUCACCCUGAAGCAAGCUUUCCCCGCCAUAGUCUGGGCCCCGUGAUGGCCAGGGGCUGGCCAGGGACUUCCCUUUCUGCUUUGGGACACUGACAGAGGAGACACAUUCACCUACUUU